AUCAUCGUGCAUUGCAUUUCGCAAUGUAUUGCAAUGCAGACAGCAAGAGUUAUAUUUAUAGUUGAUGUCAUUCCUCAAUCGCGAUCGUCCCUUAAUAUCAGUGACAGUUAUAGUGAACGUGAUAUCUUCUUGUUGGCUGAACGUAUCUCCCAAUUUGGAGUGUGAUUUGUGACAAUCCAUCAUCGUAUCACCAUGGCAACCAAGACCGCCUCCUGUACUCCUGAUGAGCUGGAGUCCCUCUGCAGAGCUGGUGCAAGGUUCCUGUUUGAACCGAGCUGUGACGUCAAUGAAGUCUAUGAGCGUGUGUUUGUAGGUGGAGAAGAGAUAGCGCGAGACCUGCCCAAGCUAGGUACCCUAGGUAUCACACAUGUACUCAACUGUGCAGAAGGUCCUUCAAGAAUGUUUCGGGUCGAUACUAAUCAAGAAUAUUAUGUUGAUGCAAGCAUCAAGUACUGUGGCCUACCGGUAUCUGAUGACCCUCGAGCAAACCUCAAGCAACAUUUCGAGACAGCUGCUAAAUUCAUUGAUGAAACUCUUUCUCAAAAAGAUGCUAAGGUCUUGAUCCACUGUGUAGUUGGCUUUAGCCGGUCAGCGACAGUAGCCAUUGCAUACCUCAUGAUCAGACGUGGGAUGACCGCUCAGGAAGCAACCCAGGCGGUCAGAAAAAAUCGAGAGAUUGGACCUAACGAUGGAUUCCUGGUUCAGCUUUGUGAGCUCAAUUCAGAACUGCAUCCAAACUAAAGAAGGGUAUCGUUAGUGAAUCUAUCAGGUUCUCUUGCUACAGAUUACUAGACUAUGUAUGCAAUAGUAGCGAAAACUGAAUGCAAAUAAUGAUGAAAUAUAUACAAAACAUGUAUAUUAUAUUAAUAAAGAGAUUAGACCUAAUUGAGAGAUCAGACCUAGUAUUAGUAAUGGAUUCCAUGUACAGCUUUGUGAACUCAUUUCAGAACUGCAUCCAAACUAAAGAAGGGUAUCGUUAGUGAAUCUAUCAGGUUCUCUUGCUACAGAUUACUAGACUAUGUAUGCAAUAGUAGCGAAAACUGAAUGCAAAUAAUGAUGAAAAAUAUAUUACAUUAAUGAAGAGAUUGGACUUAGAUUGAGAGAUGGGACCUAGUGAUGGAUUUCGUGUACAGCUUAGUGAACUCAAUUCAGAACUGCAUCCAAACUAAAGAAGUCGAUCGUUAGUGAAUCUCUCAGAUACUCUUGCUACAGCUGACCAGACCAUUUAUGCAAUACUAGCAAAUAUGACUACCAAUAAUGAUGAAAAUAUACAAACAUGUGUAUUAUAUUAAUAAAGAGAUAAGACCUAAUAGAGAGAUCGGACCUAGUAAUGGAUUCCGUGUACAGCUUUGUGAACUCAAUUCAGAACUGCAUCCAAACUAAAGAAGGGUAUCGUUAGUGAAUCUAUCAGGUUCUCUUGCUACAGAUUACUAGACUAUGUAUGCAAUAGUAGCGAAAACUGAAUGCAAAUAAUGAUGAAAUAUAUACAAAACAUGUAUAUUAUAUUAAUAAAGAGAUUAGACCUAAUUGAGAGAUCAGACCUAGUCUUAGUAAUGGAUUCUGUGUACAGCUUUGUGAACUCAUUUCAGAACUGCAUCCAAACUAAAGAAGGGUAUCGUUAGUGAAUCUAUCAGGUUCUCUUGCUACAGAUUACUAGACUAUGUAUGCAAUAGUAGCGAAAACUGAAUGCAAAUAAUGAUGAAAUAUAUACAAAACAUGUAUAUUAUAUUAAUAAAGAGAUUAGACCUAAUUGAGAGAUCAGACCUAGUAUUAGUAAUGGAUUCUGUGUACAGCUUUGUGAACUCAUUUCAGAACUGCAUCCAAACUAAAGAAGAGUAUCGUUAGUGAAUCUAUCAGGUUCUCUUGCUACAGAUUACUAGACUAUGUAUGCAAUAGUAGCGAAAACUGAAUGCAAAUAAUGAUGAAAUAUAUACAAAACAUGUAUAUUAUAUUAAUAAAGAGAUUAGACCUAAUUGAGAGAUCAGACCUAGUAUUAGUAAUGGAUUCCGUGUACAGCUUUGUGAACUCAUUUCAGAACUGCAUCCAAACUAAUGAAGUUGACCGCUAGGGAAUCUAUCAGAUACUUUUGCUACAGCUUACCAGAUCAUUUAUGCAAUACUAGCGAAAAUGAAUGCAAAUAAUGAUGAAAAAUAUAUUACAUUUAUGAAGAGAUUGGACUUAGAUUGAGAGAUCGGACCUAGUGAUGGAUUUCGUGUACAGCUUAGUGAACUCAAUUCAGAACUGCAUCCAAACUAAAGAAGUCGAUCGUUAGUGAAUCUCUCAGAUACUCUUGCUACAGCUGACCAGACCAUUUAUGCAAUACUAGCAAAUAUGACUACCAAUAAUGAUGAAAAUAUACAAACAUGUGUAUUAUAUUAAUAAAGAGAUAAGACCUAAUAGAGAGAUCGGACCUAGUAAUGGAUUCCGUGUACAGCUUUGUGAACUCAAUUCAGAACUGCAUCCAAACUAAAGAAGGGUAUUGUUAGUGAAUCUAUCAGGUACUCUUGCCACAGCUUACCAGACUAUUUAUGCAAUGCCAGCGAAACAGACUGCCAAUAAUGAUGAAAAUAUAAAGCAGAUAAGAAUUAGCAGCUUAUUAUGUAUAUCUUUUUAUACGCACUGUAAGUGAAGGAGAGAGAUUAACAAUACUGUGAGCCGAGCUUAUGAAAAUUGGUAGCCACAGAGCUCUCAUGAUGUUUUUUAAAUUUGCUUUUAUGUGUAACUGCAGCGUAUUGUGUAAACAUGUUCCUGUCAGUCUGGAACAAGAAGGGUGUAAAUUAAUACAUUUUACACAGAGAUAACGUCCUUUCAGGCUCCAAGCAGAGGAUUUUAUCCUUAUAAAAUGUAUAAAAUGUAACAGUCCAUACUUUUCUAUUUGAAAAGUAUAGAUGAAUGUUUAGCAACACUUGUAUCUUAAUUAGGUUUAAUAAAGUUUUGUUUUUUACUGAUUUGCUUAUUUCAGUUGGCAGAGUAUGUCAUAAUCAUGACUGAUUCUAUUUUCCUAAAGUUAGAUUCUCACUUUUCUAUUUUCGUACUUCAUAGCAUAAGUACCGAUAUAGCAUUUGUAUAUUGGAAGAGAUUUUACAUUUUAUUUUUUCUUUCAACCUUGGUUUAUAAAACAAAAUGUGCAGAGUAGGGAUGAAUGGCUGGCCCUAAGCGUUGUACCCGACAGUAAUAUUGAGGGUUAAUUUACAAGAAGUUCCUUAUACUGAUUGUUAAAUGCCAGUCUGUGUUUGACGUUUGUUUUUGUUUAAUUAUUUGAAUAAUACUAAUGUUUUUUUUUACCUGAAAAAUGCUGGUGUUUUAGUGGAAAUUUUAAGAUAUAGAUGUAAAUGUAAUCCAUAAUUAGAGAAUUAAAAUGUAUGUACCAUGUAGUUUAUUUACAUUCGAUAAAUGAAUAUUUAUGAAUAUAUAUGUAUGAUUAAGCUGCAUUUAAAAUGCAUGGUCCAUUUGAACUCAUUGAGCAAAACCUGACCGACCGUGUAAAUUAACGUAUAAAGAAAUAGAAACUGAUAAAACUUACAAUUUGUAAACAAGCCUUUACCAAACGUAAGGUUUAAAUCAUAUUAGAAUACAGGCAAGUUUGUUUGAUAGUAAAUACAAUUACUUUAGUCAUGCUGUGUAUUUCAUAGUAAAUAUGAUCAUUAUUACUUCAUUGAUGCUGUGUGUUUCAUAGUAAAUAUUAUCACUAUUACUUUA